AUGACUAGAAUCGUGGAGUCCCUCAAAAGUGUGAUCAGGAACUUGUCCGCUGUUUACGACGGAGGCCAAAUAAACCUUGGUGAUGCCACUCUUGUACCCAAUCCCCGUCUGUCAAAUACGGAUGCCAAUAUCAUCUUCAUUCUAUCAGCUUUCUCCGUCGUUACCUUUAUCGUUUAUGUCCUUCGCAACCAGCUUCAAGCACGUCUUCCGCAAUGGCUUCGACCUUUUGCCAGGGAGGAAGGUCCGGGACCUGACAAACGCAAAGCCUGGACUCACUGGACUUUGAUUCUUGGCUUCAUUGGACUAUCUGGCUUGGUUCUAUCUAUUGUUCCUAUUUGUCUGGAUCCGCGAGAACUGCGAGCCAUCUUCGACAUUGUCCCUUGGCUGUGCGUACUUCUCGUUACUGCAUUCGACAGACCCACGAGCACGCCAAGAAUCUUGCUUAUGCAGUAUCUUUUAAUGCUUUUUGCAGGCGUUGGAACUUACUCUGCUCAAUUUCUGCACCACAGCUUGCGUAUGAUCGACUAUUUCCGCAUCAUCAGGAUUGCGCUUGCACUCAUCGGAGUCAUCGCUAUCGGCAACAUGCCGCUUCGAAACCCGGCUUGGGAUACCGAUGACAUUGGCAACCCCAAACUACCCCCGUCCUAUCAUGUACGAAGCCCCGAAGACAAUCUCACUCUGUUUACCUUUUGGGCCAUGACCUGGGUAUAUCCUCUCGCCGAAGUCUGUCGCCACAAGGAAGUCACAGUGGACGAUGUCUGGCAGCUCCCGCUAGAUUUUCAACACAACCGCCUCUUUCUGGCGUUCCGUGAGCUCCGCGGCAAACUAUUACCGUGCUUGAUGGAAGCAAACGGCCUGGAUCUAUUUAUUGCCACUGGCCUGGCCAUUACUGAGAAGGUCGCCGAAGUGUCCAAUAUUCGACUCACCAGCCGUCUUUACGGUGCUCUCGACAGUGGGAACUUCAACGAAGCCAUCUUUUGGUGCGCCGUGAUGCUGAGCGUGGACUUUGUGCGCCAAAUAUCCAAGACAACGUCAUCAUGGUAUUCUCGUAAAGCUUACGAGAGGUCCCGUGGGGAAACCUUUAUUGCCUUGUUUGGCAAGCUGCUCACGAGAGCUGUUCCCGGAUCAGACGUUACCGAGAAGGGCCCGGAUGAAGAGAAUGUCGACAACACAGUGAAUUACGCCACGGAACAUAAACGAUAUUGUUUCAGCUUGUGUUGCGGCUCUCGCAAGAAAAAAAACACUUUGGAUCCCCAAGGAGCUCCGGCAUCGAAUGCUAAAGUCGUGAACCUCGUGCGAGGAGACACGUACGAAAUUUCACAACGUUUCUGGGACUUUCCCAGAUUAGUGUCCCAACCGAUCAAAGUCAUUGUCACUAUAUACUAUCUUGUCGACAUCAUGGGUUGGCCUUCAUGCGUUGGUUUCGGCCUCAUGCUGCUUUUUGUGACGAACAACGCGCUGCUUGUGCGGAAGCUUGUCAAGCUAGAACGAUCACGAACCGCCCACUCUGACAAGCGCGCACAAGCCGUUGCUCACUUUGUUGAAGCCAGCCGACCCCUGAAGCUGAAUGGUUGGACGCUGUCUUGGAGUGCCAGAAUUAUGAAGUUCCGAGCCCUGGAGAUGCUGAAGAGGCUCCAAAUUGCGCGGGUGGCCGCGACCAUCUCUACAAUCAACGUCGCCGGAGGCGCCACAUACCCCCUCGCCAGUAUUAGCUUGUUCACCCUCAUUCUUCGACAAGGUCUCCCUAAUGACGUGAUCUGGCCGUCUCUUCAACUCUAUAGCCAGCUAGAGGCCAGCGUGAGAGAGACGUUUGAUCUCAUCUCAGCUUACUGGAAAGCAACCAUUCCUGUGGAGCGUGUCAAUAAAUACAUGGGUGAACCGGAUCGCGAUGAGAAUUCAUUGGGAACUACGGACGUCAAGGAUAUCGAAUUUCGCGGUGCUUCCUUUGCUUGGCCAUCGACGGAUCAUCUAGUUCUCUCGCACGUCAAUCUCAAAUUUAGCAACGGACUCACCAUUGUUAGAGGCAAGGUAGGUUCCGGAAAGUCUAGCCUCCUCCUUGCGGCUCUGAACGAGAUGGAGUUGCAUGGCGGCGAUCUUUUGCGCCCUGACGAAUCAAUUGGAUAUGCACAGCAACUCCCUUGGCUCCAAAAUAAGACCAUUCGCGAGAAUAUCGUCUUUCACCAUCGCUUCGAUCCUACCAGGUACCGGCAGGUCAUUAAUGCCUGUGCUUUAAGCCCUGACAUUGCAGCUUUUCCGGAGGGCGACCAAACCAAGUUGGAGGAAGGCGGUGUUGGAUUGUCGGGCGGCCAGAAAGCUAGAGUCGCUCUGGCUAGAGCCGUUUACAGCCCGUGCCGCAUCUUGCUCCUGGACGACCCCCUUGCCGCACUAGAUCAUGACACCGCCAGCAAUAUUGUUCGACGACUUUUGCAAGGACCUCUUGCCAAGGACCGCACGAUAGUUAUGGUUACCCAUCGCGAUGACUUGGUUCUUCGCGUUGCAGAUCAAGUCAUUGACAUGGACAAUGGAAUUGCAAAGGUCUUGUCGGCGGAACAGAUCAAGGAUGAGCUGGAGCACCCGUACCACGCCGCUUCACACGGCAGGACGGUUGAAGGAGAAGAUGCCGCAUCUGCUCACGGGACAGACGAAGAAGAGGCUGAAGAUGAGGUUGUUCUGCGCGAAGCUCCUGAAGAACCCGCCGAAACGGGGAGUGUGCCCUUGUCGGUGUAUUUAAGCUAUGUAAAGGCUGGGGGCUGGUGGAUGUGGGCCUUUCUAGCCUUUUUCUACAUGAUGUCUCGAGGCUGCGAUAUCGCUCGAGCCCAGAUCCUUGAAUCUUGGGGCAAUCAAACGGCGCAAGACCUGGCAGGUGAUGAAGGAGGAUACUGGGGUCUGCCAAGUCCGGAAAACCAUCCGCACAUUUGGCUGUCCAUACUUGCUGGCUUCUCCGCGGGCCAGGUCAUAGCAUAUGGAAUUGCUCAGCUUCUGCUGUCCAAGAUCUCCGUGGAUGCCGCUCAGGGGCUGUUCCAAACUGCCAUCGAGCGAGUCAGCAGGGCCACUUUCCGGUAUUACGACACCACGCCUACAGGACAACUCAAAAACCGACUCAUUUCCGACAUGGGAAUGGUGGACGGCGGAAUUCUAGCGCCGCUGGAAGGGUUCGUCUUUAAUUUGAUUGCGCUGAUUCUCAGUCUUGUGGCCAUUGCCACCCACCAGCCCUUGCUUCUAAUUAUCCUGGGCGCAGUGUCUAUUCUCUUUGUCUAUUUUUUCCGUAUUUACGUUCCUGUUUCCAGGAGCUUGCGACGAAUGGAGAUGAGGUACCUGACACCCAUCAUUGCGAAUAUUGGAGUCAUGCAGGAUGGCUUGGUAACGAUCCGUGCGCUCCGAGUCGAAGGCCGUUUCCUGGACCGCCAUUUGGACGCCGUGGAUGACUUUCAGAAACAGGAUCAUUUUUUCUGGAGCAUGGCUUUCUGGCUCGACUUCCGCCUUGGCAUUUCCUCGGCCUGCACGAGAGCCAUGCUCAUGGUAUGCAUGAUCUGGCUUGGUACGCCGGCAAGCGCCAUUGGCUUCGUGCUAACGCAAACAACCAUCGCCAUGGCAUCAGUGCAGCAGUUGUGCGAAAAGAUUGCCCAGCUGCAACUUGAUGCCGUAUCCCUGGAGCGCGUCAACAUGCUUAACAAGAUCCCCGAGGAGCCCAACGGGGGUGAUGAGCCAUCAGACGACUGGCCACGCCCCUGUGACGAUGUCAAAUUCGAAACCAUGUCGUUCAAGUAUGACAAGGACUUGCCGGCAGUCCUGGACAAGGUGACGUUUGAGAUUCCCGGCGGGUCCACCUGCGCUGUGCUCGGCAGAACAGGCUCCGGAAAGUCGACGAUUGCAAACGCUCUGCUUGCGACUCAAACCGCUUUUGAAGGAACCGUGAAAAUCGGCUGCGUAGAUGUGGCAGGUGUGAACCGCACAACUCUCCGCAACCGCGUGACAUUUAUACAGCAGGAUCCGAUAUUGUUCCCUGGCACUCUGCGCGAUAACGUUGACCCAGAGGGCAAAUUCUCCAAUGCAGAGUGCGAAAACGUCAUUCACCGAGUGCUCGGAAAAGACUGGAGUCUCAAUUCGACCAUUGACGCAGGGGGCAAGAAUUUAAGCCAAGGUCAACGACAACUGGUUGGAAUUGGGCGAGCGGUGCUGCGAAGAAGCGGGCUUGUCAUUCUGGAUGAGGCAACGGCAUCGAUAGAUCGGGGGACGGCAGCGACGGUGCAACGUGUCCUGAGGGACGAGCUGUCUAGAAGCACUGUCAUUACCAUUGCGCAUAGACUAGAGGCAGUUGAGGAUGCGAAUUGGUGUCUGAGGCUGGAGCGAGGGAGGGUUUUGGAGUGCGGGCCAGCCAAGGACCUGGCUGGUAGGUCGGACGAAUGA